UAUUCCGGAGUCACACAGCCCAGCAGUGCCCCCGAGCAGCGAUGGGUCCCAAGGACCACUUGGGAUGGUCAUGCAGAUGCUGGUGCUGCUGCAGCACAGCCUGUUUGCAGUCGUGCUGCGGUCCCGGCGGCUGCAGAAGAUCUGCCGGAGGUUGGGGAAGAAGAGGAGAGUGCCGAGCGCCAGGAGGAAGAAGGGGAGAGUUGCUUGCGGGAAGGACGGAGCAGCAGGGAUGCCGUCGCCGACCUGGGAGUUGCGGACGAGCCCACGGGAAAGGAGCAGGAAGCCACCCCGCGCCCCGCUGGCAUCCAUGCUGUCCCUGGGCUCCCUUGAUGAAUCUUCUUCCUCCUCCGGUUCCUCCCUCUACUCCUUCCCAGAGCCCUGGCCCAUUGCACUGUCAGAGUUGGCUGCCCUUGCCCCUCGGGCCACCCCAGAGCCACGCGAGCCACAACCAGAGCCAGGGCCACAGCAAGAACCAGAGCCAGAGCCAGAGGAAGAGCUGGAGCCUGAUCCAGAGUCAGAGCCAGAGUCAGAGGCAGAGUCAGAGGCAGAGGCAGAGCCAGAGGAAGAGCUGGAGCCACAACCAGAGUCAGAGGCAGCGUCAGAGGAAGAGCCAGAGGAAGAGCCUGAGGCUGAGCCAUCCCUGUGCCCCAGCUCGGAGUCCCCGGCUCUGCUGCCAGCAGCCCCCAGCACCCCCUAUUCCCUGCGGAUGACUGAGCAGAGCGAUGGAGCGCAGAGCCCCAUGGAGCCCUCCCCGCCCCACUGCUCCCACACGGAGCUCAUCCAGGAGCUGAUCUGUGCCAUCCGUGGGAACCACGCAGCCGUUGAGCGCCGCUGCCAACUGCUGCGGGCAGUGCUGGAGCGGCAGAGGGCAGCCGGGACGCCCAGAGAGCCCUUUCACGACCCCCCAGCCCAGAAGCCCCCCACCCAGGAGCCCCCGGCCCAGGAGCCCCCCAGUCUCCAUCUGCUUGUUCAGAUUAAUGUCCUUAGUACGGGGAUGUGGCCGCUACUGAAGAGGGCCACCGACAUGGAUAUGAACAAUCACAAGGACACGGACAUGGACACGGAUGCGGACAUGAACCUGGACACAGAUGAGCACCCAGAAGUGGGAGCAGACGGGAGCGCCCCACAGGAUCUGGACCAGAGCGUGCUGAUGGACCCAGGCAGGAUCAGCCCGAUGGAUCCACGCCGAAACAUCCCCAUGGAUCCAUGCAGGGCCAUCCCGGCAGAUGCAGGCAGGACCAACCCUACGGGGUGCCUCUGGGGUCCCAAGGGCACGGCCCAUCUGCGGGUGACCCCGGGGCUGUGCCGGGCCAGGCAGCGCCUGCAGCACAGCUUCCCCAGGCUGUGGCAGUGGGUGCAGGAGCGCUGGAGGCACUGCCGUGCACAGCCCUUUUGGCAGCGCUGGUCCUCCGUGGGGAGGAAGACUCCCUGAGCCCGAGUGUGGGGCCCGGCAAUGCCACAGCCCCACCGCGCUCCCUCCGGCUCAGACCGCUGAAGGGUUUCCCUUCCCGGCUGCUGCUGAUCCCUUCCUAUCCCGGGGUCACACAGCCCAGCAGUGCCCCCGAGCAGCGAUGGGGCUGCACCCAUCCUGGGGCUGUAGCACAGAACUGCAGAACCUCAGCCCGGUUUGGGUGGGAACGGCCCCCAAAGCCCACCCCGUGCCAACCCCAUGGGCUGGGGCUGCUCCCGUGGGCCGGAUGGUAAAGUCCCCUCUGCGGGAAUGGAAUGCUUUUCUCUGUAACAGCAAGGUAAGAAUUUUAUGUCACGGCCAUCGUGCAUCACCGUUUGGGUACGUGGAAUAAUGUAUAGGAAGAACUAUUGCAAAAUAAUCAGCAAUAUACGCAUACAGCCAGCAACACUUCGUGUUAGCCUGUACGGAUGUGUAUAUGCAAUAUUCCAUCGCCUGCUCAGGUGCAGUGCAAGAAUAUCCUGCACGAGAGAUUCCAUACUCCCUUACAACUUUCCCCUUCUUCCAUUGCAAUCCCUGUUUCUAUACACUUCCCAGGCCCCUCAGUUAGUUUGUCCAGGCCCCUCACUUCAACCCCUUUAACCUGUAUACUACCGGGAGAAAAUAAAGCCACCCUUGCUCUGAUUAGCUGAAGACCUUGGGAGCUGUAACCACAUUCAGCACACAUGGAGGCAGAGAACCACAUGACUGUAACUACUGGUGCCAGACGGACCCUCUCAGCACCAUCACCAGACGUCUGGCUUGCACCCCUGGCAUGGCUGGGAGCAGAUGCUAUGAAGACCAUGGGCCAGCCCUGCCGGCCCUGAGGUGGCCUGAUGGCAGUGAGUGGCGAGGAGCCACGGGUCCACGUGUGACAAAGGAGCAGAAGUGGAUUGCCAACUGGUGGAAGACUCCACCCCUUACGAAUGGAAGCCGCUUUGCGUUGUCCCAGCUGGGAGCAGACGGGGGAGACGACCUGUGCAGGAGGAGCUGAGCGCCAACACGGAGCUGCACGUCGUGCAGGAUGGGCUGCAUGGCAGGCUGGGAGCGGGGCGCGAUGGGUGGCACAUGGGCUGCUGACAGAGUGCUGCACCGAGACGGGGCACCGAUGGCUCCUUCCUGCUCAGGGAGAGUGAGACGUUCGUUGGGGACUGCGUUCUGUCCAUCCGGAGUGAUGAGAAUUGCAGCGCUGCCGCAUCCAUUGGCGGCAGGACGCCAGCAUCCACAGGAUCUCCCUACCAGACAACCUGGUGUUUGACAGGCUCUACGGCCUCAUCACCCACUGCAGGGAGAUGCUGCUGAGCUACAACAGACCUGAGAUGAGGCUGGCACAGCUGGUGCCUCGGUCCAACACCCGCAGCAACACAGACCGGGCGCUGCAGGACGGCACAGGAGGGACGAGCCCAGCUCCAGCGCCAUCUACUUCAGGGCAGGAUGGAAGAUCCAGCACUGCCACACGUAGCAAGAGGGACACGUUUAAUGAGGCACUUGAGCCAGUGCAUGUUGCCCAUCACACGCAAUAAAAGCUUUUGUUCUGCAC